AUGCCCACCGCCACCCUCCUCACCCUCCCCGCGGAACUCCGCCAACAAAUCAUCACGCUCACCAUCUCCGCCACCAUCACCGACGCGGCCUACCACAUCUCCACCCCCCUCUCCAGCAUCUGCCGCACCCUCCGCGCCGACGCCGCCGCCGCCCUCCCCCUCUGGCUGCCCGCCCACAACAGCCCCUCCGCCGUCAUCUCCAGGCCCAUCACCACGCCUGUGUCCUCGCACCCCUUCGCCUCCCUCUCCCGCCUCCUCGCCGCGCGCGCCACCCACCGAACAAGCGGCCGCGCAUGGCCCGGCAUCGCCGCCCUCACGCUGCGCGUCUUCGAGCCCGCGCCGUGCCGGCCCACGGGCGUCGCGCGGCUGACCCGCUCCGUGCGGUGCCUCGGGCCGCUGCCCACGAGCGUGCGGCGCGUGGCGUUCGAUCUCGCGCUCGAUGCGCGGUCGUUGGCGGGGCUGGCGGCGAAGUCGGCGCGCGGGCAGCGGGAGUGGUGGUGCAAGGUGUUUGGGGCGCUGGCGCGCGGGGUGGCAGCGAAUCGGGGGGUUGUGGAGGAGAAUCAAGGGGUGGAGGAGAAUCGGGGGGUGGAGUUUGAAGUGCUUGGGCGGUUGCCGGAGAGUCAGGAGACGGCGAUGGUGGGGCUGGCGCCGAAGACGACGCAUUCGUAUCGGGGGUUUUUGCAGCGGUAUGGGAGUGUGGAGGAGGGGCUUUUUGAGGAGUUUUUGGGGGGUGUUGGGGAGAGGAGGGAGAGGCUUAGGCGUGAGGAAGAGGUGGAGGGGCAGAGGAGAGAGGAGGCGAGGAGGUUGAAGAGGGAGGUUCGGAAGAGGAUGUGGGAGGUGAAGAAGCGGAAGAGGGGGAAGGAUGAUGGUGAUCAGAGCUUAGAGGGAACUAAGCGGCAGAAGAAGGAUUGGGGAGGUUUUGACGGUGUUGCGGAUGCACUUCUCUUUUGA